AUGAUCGAGAAUUUUUAUGGAGUGGCUCGACAAUAUUGUGGCUCCAACACCAAUCUGAACGCUGAAAAUUUCUUGAAUGCUCUCAAUAAUUUUUUAAGUGCCUUAAUUGUUGGCUUACAAUUCAACAAAGAGAAAGAUCAAUCCACAAGAUUACCAUAUGAGUAUUAUUGUUGCUUCUCAUCACCAGAACAUAUUAAUUAUAUUGUUAUUGGUGAAUUUGAAAGAGCAUGUCACACUUUUGCCAUGCUUUCAGAUACUGAAUAUAAAGCUCCAACCAUUCAUACUCUAUUGUUUAAUUUGAAUAUACCUGGUAUUGAAGUUUUACUUACAAAAGAAUUCAAAUUGAAACAAUAUUCGAAUAAUGACAUUGUGGAAUUUGAUAAAUAG